AUGCAUACUGUACCAAUUAUAAAUGAAAAUAUACGAUCACAUGGAAAAUUUAUAAAUCGUUUAAUGUCAAAUGAAUUUUAUAAUUCAAAAUGGAUCCUUACACGACGAUUGUAUUUCGUCGAUUCAAUUUCAUUAGAUGCAACAAAUGAUGCACAAAAUUUGGGUAUUAUUCGUUUUUUGGAAAAAAUUGAUAUUAAAAUACAAAUUCAGUCUCAAAAAGAUGGCCAUAUAAUGCCACCGCACGUACGAAUCCGUUAUACUGAAAUCGAACGAAAUCCGGAAAAGCAAAUUUCAUUACAAUUUAAUAUCACAUAUUUUAUGAAAGAUUCACAAUUCAUGCAUUACAUCGAAAGUGCAUUAUUCAUUUUGG